GGGCCGGAUGGAGAAGACCGAUUAUUGGGCCAAAAGGCGCGAGGUGAGUGAACUUUAGAAAUUUGAAUUUCGAAAAUAAAUUGCCGUUGGGAAGUGACAACGGUCAAAAGUCCCUCCCAACGUUUCAUACAUAUUGGACGCUCCGAUCGGACUCUUCUUCAUUUUCUGUUUCUGUGGCUAAAGGGAGAGAGCCUUUGUGAGAAAUUUCACUUUCAAAGAAACUGAGAGAGAGAGAGAGAGAGAGAGAAAUGGAGAAGGGGCCGACCACUGUAUCAGCCAUGGAGGCGUUCGAGAAGCUGGAGAAGGUCGGAGAAGGGACUUAUGGCAAAGUUUACAGGGCAAGGGAGAAGGCCACCGGCAAGAUUGUUGCUCUCAAGAAGACGCGCCUCCACGAGGAUGAGGAAGGUGUUCCUCCCACCACUCUUAGAGAGGUUUCAAUUCUUCGAAUGCUUUCUAGGGAUCCUCAUAUUGUUAGGCUUAUGGACGUCAAACAAGGCCAGAACAAGGAAGGGAAAACAGUUCUUUACUUGGUGUUUGAAUACAUGGAUACUGAUUUGAAAAAAUUCAUUAAGAGUUUCCGUGGUACGGGAGAAUCCAUUCCCGUCAACACUGUCAAGAGUUUGAUGUACCAACUCUGCAAGGGCGUUGCUUUCUGCCAUGGUCAUGGUAUCCUGCACAGGGACCUGAAACCACACAAUCUAUUGAUGGACCGAAAGACCAUGAUGCUCAAAAUUGCAGAUCUUGGGCUCGCUCGAGCAUUUACUGUGCCAAUUAAGAAGUACACUCAUGAGAUUCUAACCCUCUGGUAUAGAGCUCCCGAAGUUCUUUUGGGGACUACUCAUUACUCUACAGCAGUAGAUAUGUGGUCUGUUGGCUGCAUAUUUGCCGAACUUGCCACGAAGCAAGCGCUCUUUCCCGGAGAUUCUGAGUUGCAACAGCUCCUUCAUAUCUUCAGGCUAUUAGGAACCCCAAAUGAAAAAGUUUGGCCAGGUGUGAGCAAACUAAUGAACUGGCAUGAGUACCCCCAGUGGAGCCCCCAAAGCCUCUCAACUGCUGUCCCCAACUUGGAUGAUAAAGGGCUAGAUCUGCUUUCAAAAAUGCUCAAGUAUGAACCCUCAAUGCGUAUUUCAGCAAAGAAAGCAAUGGAACAUCCUUACUUUGAUGAUUUGAACAAGGCAUAUCUCUGAUGCUGUGAUAUGAAGAUUUGGGUAACUUUUUCCGGAGAAAAAUGGUUGCUUUUCUCAAGCAUAACCCUAGAGUAUAUUUGGGGAAUGGAUGACUAUCUAUUUUGUUAUAACCAAAAUGAUGAAACCACGUUAAUCAGUAUUUUCUGUGAAGAAAUGACUAGCUUUCGGAAAUUUCAUGUGUUGCUAUAGAAAUUUGGCAUAUUUGUCUCGCUUCUCAUAAAAUCCUAUAGUUUUUAGUGACAAAAUUACUAAUCUACCAGGCUUGAUUGAA